CCCAGACGAUGUUUACCAGAAGAAGAAGAAGAAGGCAUCACAGUAAUGGCAGCGACCUUGUUCUCAGCAUGUUGGCCAUGAUAUAUUAACUAAUUCAGCUUGUUAAAUGGUCGUACAUGGAUCAUACUAGGAGACAGGUUUGAUAACAGUGUCAGUGUAAAGGUGAACAUCAUGCUCUCCUUCAUUAAAGCUGCUGUCGAAGGAUUGACCGGUGCGUGCAGAGCCCACGGUCACCAAGGUCCUCUGCACAGCCAUCUGAAGAUCCUUACUGCUGGACUUAGGACUUAUGACAUACCUCCAGACUUUAGUGAUGUGGUGUUGCCAGAGAAACCAAAACUAAAGUUUGUGAACAAAGUACCAAACUUUAAAAAGGCCAAGAAGGAGAUGAAAAAUCUACAGGACAUCCAGGGACCAGCUAACGCAGCAAAUACCUUUACAACAGGACAGUAUGCUAUAGUGGCUUUGGGAGGAGGCUACCUUCAUUGGGGUCACAUAGAGAUGAUGCGCCUCACCAUCAACCGCAAGAUGGAUUCCCGCACAACCUUUGCCCGCUGGCGCAUCAACGGUCCUUAUAAGCCAAUCACACGCAAAGGUCUGGGUCAACGCAUGGGUGGGGGCAAGGGAGCCAUUGACCACUAUGUGACACCGAUCCGCUACGGACGUUUAAUUGUGGAGGUGGGAGGAAAGGUGGAGCUGGGGGAGAUUGAGCACAUCUUGAUUGAAGUAGCAAAAAAGCUACCGUUCCCUGCCAAGGUUGUGAGCAGAGAGAGCCUCGCAGCUCUGCACAAGAAGCAGACUGACAUGGAAGAAAACAACCAGAACCCUUGGACCUUCAAAAAGAUAGCACGAGGCAACAUGCUGGGUAUCAGGAAGGUGCUCAGCCCCUUUGACGUGUGCUAUAAUGGACGCUUUACAGGCAAAUUUCACCUCCCAGGGAGAGUGUGACGGACCUGAGGGACUAAAAUCAGUGCAGUGUGAUACUGGAACAGCAUCCAGGCUACACCGUUUGAGAAGCAACCAUAAUUUGAAACCGUUUUACUUUCAGUCACAUCUGGAAAUCUUUUUUUUUCCAUUGUUGUUGAUGUUUUUCUAACUAUAAUAAAUAUUCAUGUUUCA